GCGGCGGCAGCGGCGGCGGCGGCAGGAGAGCAGCGGCGGCGGCGGCGGCGGCGAGGUGUGGGGUCUGCGCCGCACAGAACCGCCCGCGGCUUCGGGGAAGGCGUUCUUGCGGGGGUCAAAUCGGGCAUCCCGAACCGAAGCCGGGUGAACUGGGCCGAACCAGGCGCUGCCGCUCGUACGGUUUGGCGGCGGUGACAGACGCAGCUCUUGAGUGUAGGGGCCUGUUAGGCCGAGACCUCAGCCGCGGAUCACCGGUUCUCGACGCAGCCUCUUCCCCUCUUCCGCCUCCUGUGUCCCUCCCUGGGCAGGGAUUUCCCGGACUCUGGGAAGAGGGUGGCUAAUGAUUAAGGCCUUCCUUAAAGUUUCCCAUGUCUCAAUGGACUCCUGAAUAUAACAAGCUCUAUACCUUAAAAGUGGAUAUGAAGAGUGAGAUUCCUUCUGAUGCGCAAAAGACACAGGAGAGUCUGAAAGGGAUCCUCUUGCAUCCAGAGCCCAUUGGGGCAGCCAAAAGUUUUCCUGCGGGAGUUGAGAUGAUUAACAGUAAAGUGGGAAAUGAAUUCUCUCAUUUGUGUGAUGAUUCUCAAAAACAAGAGAAGGACAUGAAUGGUAACCAACAAGAGCAAGAAAAAAGUGUUGUUGUGAGGAAAAAACGCAAAAGCCAGCAGGCUGGCCCUUCUUACAUGCAAAAUUGUGUUAAAGAGAACCAGGGAAUAUUAGGAUUGAGGCAACAUCUAGAAACACCAAGCGAUGAAGAUAAUGAUUCCUCUUUUAGUGACUGUCUUUCUUCUCCUUCAUCUAGUCUGCAUUUUGGAGAUUCUGAUACUGUGACUUCGGAUGAGGAUAAAGAAGUCUCUGUAAGACAUUCCCAGGCAAUUUUGAGCGCUAAAGGUAGAACUCAUAGUGCACGGUCCCAGAAGUGGCCUCGGACAGAGACAGAAUCUGUUUCAGGAUUGUUAAUGAAAAGACCCUGUUUUCAUAGCAGUUCAUUAAGGAGACUUCCAUGCAGAAAGAGAUUUGUAAAAAAUAAUUCCUCACAGAGGACACAGAAACAAAAAGAGAGAAUAUUGAUGCAGAGAAAAAAAAGAGAAGUGUUAGCCCGAAGAAAAUAUGCAUUGCUCCCCAGUUCUAGUAGUUCCAGUGAGAAUGACCUCAGCAGCGAAUCCUCUUCCAGCUCAUCAACUGAAGGUGAAGAAGAUUUGUUUGUUUCUACCAGUGAAAACCACCAAAACAAUCCAACUGUUCCCUCAGGAAGUAUUGAUGAAGAUGUUGUGGUGAUAGAAGCUUCCUCCACUCCCCAAGUCACUGCCAAUGAAGAAAUUAAUGUUACCUCAACUGACAGUGAGGUGGAGAUUGUAACAGUCGGAGAAAGCUAUCGGUCUCGUUCAACUCUUGGACACUCCAGAUCUCAUUGGAGCCAAGGUUCAAAUUCUCAUACAAGUCGGCCACAGGAGCCACGGAACCGCAGUAGGAUUUCUACUGUUAUACAACCCUUGAGGCAAAAUGCAGCAGAAGUUGUGGACCUUACUGUUGAUGAAGAUGAACCUACUGUAGUACCAACCACUUCUGCGAGAAUGGAAUCACAAACCACAAGCACUUCCAUUAACAACUCAAAUCCAUCUACCUCUGAGCAGGCCUCUGAUACUGCUUCAGCUGUCACUGGUAGCCAACCCUCCACAGUGUCAGAGACUUCAGCUACUCUUACAAGCAAUAGUAUGACUGGUACUUCUCUAGGAGAUGACUCAAGGAGAACUGCCUCUAAUGCUGUAACAGAAACUGGCCCUCCUGCAAUGCCAAGAUUACCUUCCUGCUGUCCCCAGCACUCACCAUGUGGAGGGUCAUCACAGAAUCACCAUGCAUUAGGACAUCCACAUGCAGGUUGCUUUCAGCAGCAUGGCCACCAUUUUCAGCAUCAUCACCACCACCAUCAUACCCCCCACCCGGCUGUCCCAGUUUCUCCCUCCUUUAGUGAUCCUGCUUGCCCUGUGGAAAGACCUCCACAAGUACAAGCACCUUGUGGAGCCAACAGCAGUUCUGCUACCAGCUAUCAUGACCAGCAGGCAUUGCCAGUAGACCUGAGCAACAAUGGUAUCAGAAGUCAUGGAAGUGGUGGUUUUCAUGGAGCAUCUGCAUUUGACCCCUGCUGCCCUGUUUCUUCUUCCCGAGCUGCAAUCUUUGGCCAUCAGGCUGCUGCUGCUGCCCCGAGUCAGCCAUUAUCAAUAGAUGGUUAUGGAUCCAGCAUGGUUGCGCAGCCCCAGCCUCAGCCCCCUCCACAAGCCUCACUGUCAUCAUGUCGACAUUAUAUGCCACCUCCUUAUGCUUCUUUGACAAGACCGCUUCAUCAUCAAGCCUCUGCCUGUCCCCACUCUCAUGGAAACCCUCCUCCUCAGACUCAGCCUCCACCUCAAGUGGAUUAUGUUAUUCCUCAUCCUGUACAUGCUUUCCAUUCUCAGAUAUCUUCUCAUGCAACAUCUCACCCCGUGGCACCGCCACCCCCAACUCAUUUAGCCAGUACAGCCGCACCGAUCCCUCAGCAUCUUCCUCCCACACACCAGCCAAUUUCACACCAUAUUCCAGCCACGGCACCCCCAGCACAGAGACUGCAUCCUCAUGAAGUGAUGCAGAGGAUGGAAGUUCAAAGGAGGAGGAUGAUGCAGCAUCCAACUGGUCUUUUUGUGUUCUGUGUUUCCAGGCGGGCACAUGAACGGCCCCCACCCCAUCCACAUAGGAUGCACCCAAAUUAUGGUCAUGGGCAUCAUAUUCAUGUGCCUCAGACUAUGUCCUCACAUCCUCGACAGGCUCCAGAGAGAUCUGCCUGGGAACUGGGAAUUGAAGCUGGAGUGACUGCAGCUACUUAUACACCUGGAGCACUGCAUCCUCACUUGGCCCAUUACCAUGCACCACCACGACUUCAUCACUUACAAUUAGGAGCUCUUCCUUUAAUGGUUCCUGACAUGGCAGGCUAUCCUCAUAUUCGUUACAUUUCAUCAGGAUUGGAUGGAACAUCAUUCAGAGGUCCUUUCAGGGGCAAUUUUGAGGAACUGAUUCAUUUGGAAGAAAGAUUAGGAAAUGUGAAUCGUGGCGCAUCCCAGGGGACAAUUGAAAGAUGUACAUAUCCACAUAAAUACAAAAAGGUAACAACUGAUUGGUUCUCACAGAGGAAACUGCACUGCAAACAAGAUGGGGAAGAAGGGACUGAGGAAGACACAGAGGAAAAAUGUACUAUCUGUUUGUCUAUUUUAGAGGAAGGUGAAGAUGUGAGACGCCUUCCCUGUAUGCACCUGUUCCACCAAGUGUGUGUUGACCAGUGGUUGAUUACCAAUAAGAAGUGCCCCAUAUGCAGAGUGGACAUUGAGGCCCAGCUGCCAAGUGAAAGUUGACAACAUGUUUCAGAACUUUUGCCCUCCCUCUCAUUCCCAUCCUCCUGGUACUGCAGUCAACCAAAGAUGGCGUGACUUACCUGCGCAGAUUUGGAAGCCUUGAACUUAAAGUGCGGCUCUGCUAUAUGGUACAACUAAUGCUAGACCUACAGUUUAUGUAUACAGUUGAGUUUGAUGUAUUUAUAAAAGCUUUUUUUUUUUCUAGAUUUGACAUUUUUCCUGUAUCAUUUUACUGUAUUUUUGCAUGGUUCCUUGUAUUGCAUUUCUUUGCACAUAUUAUGGGCUUGUGACCCUAAACUUGCAGGCAAGAUUAGCUGCUUUAGUAAGUAGAAUUUUGUGGUCUUUUUGUUUUUUACAUAGUACCAGGUCUUGAGAAUUAUGAAUUUUUUUAUCCAUUACUAACCUUUAAUUUAAUCAAUCAUGUACUUUAGUUUAAUGUAUAAAGAUCCUCUAGAAAAUGAUAAUAUUGUGUAUUAAGACAUUCCUUAAUUAGGACAAAAUGGCUGCUGUAUAUUUACAAUAUGGAGUUCUGAGUUAAAUACCAUCCUUAAUACUGGGAACAGAAUACAAACCAUAUUCAAUCAGAUGCAGGUGGUAUUCACAUCACCAGAGUGAUCAAUAGAAAUUUUCUUGGUGUAUCCUUUUCCUUUCAGCACAAUGCAGAUAGAGUUGAAUAUUGAUAUCAUACAUUUAGACUGCUGUUCUGAUUGUAUUUAUCUUUUUCCUACAUCGUUUAGAACUUUAUUUCCCUGAGUCAGUUUUUGCUGCUGUGAAACAGCUCUGAUGAACACUAAAUAUUAAUUUCAAUUAGCUGGAUUGUACAUACUUGCAGAUUUAACAAAAUUUUAGGGAAAUUAAAGAAGACAUGUAGAAUUUUGUUCAGUCUUCUGCUAAGCACGUAUAGUAAGGAUAUCUGCUUAAUAUUGAUUUUGUAAUUAACACAUUCAGUCAGGAUUUAGAAUUGCAGUCAUUGGCAGGUAUCUCUGCAUUCAUAGAACUUCUAAAGGUCCCAGGAUCACUUUUAAGGGAUUUUAUUAGUUUAAAGAUAAAUAAAGUCAGCUGAAUCUACAUGUCUCUUGUUUUAUUUCUCUUUAAACUUGAAAACAGUAAAUCUGCAGAUACUGUGAGGCACAAAUUAUACUGUCAACCUACUGUUGCUCUGGUUUUAGACUCCCACUUCAUACAUUACCAAGAGUCGAUCACUGAUUUAAAAUUUUUAAUUUCUAUAGUUAAGAUUUACUGCAUAAUAUAGAAUAUAAAGUUAAGUUAACAUACUAACAUUUCUCCUUUGGAGAAAGUUUUAAUCCACUUCAGGAUGCAUAUUAUCAAGAUACUUUCAUAUACAGGAUAGCCUAAUUUUAUUUGUCUAAAUAUGCUUAAUAUGCCCCAGAUUGCAAAUGCAUCAGUCAGUAACGUCACUGUCUGUAUGUGGAAGACAUGUUCCCAUGGAUCAUAUGUGAAGAUGUCAAUAAGCUUGCAUUAAGCCACCUGCUUUGUAAGUGGAUUGAUUAAUAAAUAACUUAUAUUUCUAUUGUCUUUGUGUUUCAUAAUUAGUUUUAUAUAAAACAGUAUAUCAAACAUUUUGGAACGCAAAAAUAGUGAUCUCACUCAAGUUGACAUUGCAUAAUUUUCAUAUUCAUUCAGUUAUAGCUACUUUUUUUGUAUUAGUAUAACACUGUAGUAAUUGUCAAUAUCAACAUGCUUCAACAUAGUUAUGUGUGGAGAUGGAGGAUGGACUACAGUUAUGAAAUUUGGAUAUAAAAUAACAUUUUUUAAAAAGAAUGCUUGAUGAUUAGGCUGCAGUUGUAGAAGGGCAUAGGAGGGAGACAAAGAAUGACCAUGGCCCAUGCCUGCCAUCUUACUAGGAAAAAGAGCAAGUAGCUUGUGUUUAAGUAACCUGUGAUGGGUAUAGGACUUUGCACUGGAAAAGCCAGGGCUGUGCCUAGGGUGGAAGUAUAGAUGGGGAGAAUUCUAUACAAUGGAGUCCUUUUGAUGUUCCCCAAAACACAAGAACAGAUUUCUCUAUUUUUUAAUAUUACAUCAGAUUUAGAUGCACGACUACCUGUUGACCUGUUUCAUAAUUGCUACUGAUUUUUUUUAUGUAGAUAAAGCAUUAUUACUUUAAAAUUUAUUUAAUACAAGUAUUUGUGGCAUAAACCUGGAUUGUUAAUGCAGGAGCUUAGUAAGCUACUGCAAUUAGAUACAGAAAAUGUGAUUAGUAAUGAACCAAGUACAGAAGAAAAUAAUAUAACUUUUGUGCUUUGUUUUGGUGUCUUCCAUAUCCUGCUGCAUCUUAUGUCAAAAUGAAAAUUCAGUGAUAGCUGUCCAAAUACUUUAGAACUAAAAUUCUUUUGUCAGAAAAUCCUUAUUUUUAUUGUUGUCAAUAUGCAAGUGAUAAACUGAUAUUUGAAACAUU